AAAAGGUCGACGCUUCUUUCUCUUCCGGACAUUUUAUUUCGGUGCACAAACGCGUUAUCGCGGAUGGAGUCGGGCUGUUGGAAUUUUACCUGAAGAAACGGAAUUUUCAUCAGAUUAUUUAUGUCUAACCAGGAGGCAUGGAGCGCCCAGCAUGUAUUUUGGAGGAGUUGAAGCAGUUUGUUGUAAGCGAAGCUCCGCCCACAGCGUAUUAUGUUCCAGAUUUCAUAUCCGAGGACGAGGAGUCGUACCUACUUCAGCAGGUCUACAGGUCUCCAAAGACUAAGUGGACUCAGCUGUCGGGCCGGAGGCUCCAGAACUGGGGGGGGUUACCGCACCCCAAAGGCAUGCUGGGAGAGCGGCUUCCCGAUUGGCUCCAGACGUACUGUGAGAAGAUUUCGUCUCUGGGCGCGUUCAGUGGGAAAACGGCCAAUCACGUGCUGGUGAAUGAGUAUAAACCAGGAGAGGGGAUCAUGCCCCAUGAGGACGGGCCGCUGUACCACCCCACUGUCACCACCAUUAGCCUGGGCUCUCACACCCUGUUGGACUUCUAUACGCCGCUCAGCAGCGCUGAGGGCGCCACACCACAGACAGAGGAGAGCCGCUUCCUGUUCUCGCUUCUGGUGAGGCCACGAAGCCUUCUCAUCCUGCAGGAUGAAAUGUACCAGCGCCUCCUUCACGGCAUCCACGGGCGCGAGCAGGACACGCUGACCAAGAAGGUGGUGAACCUGUCUGCCGCUGGGGCGGAACCGGGCGAGGACCUGAACCGAAGCACCAGGGUGUCUCUGACCAUACGGCACGUGCCCAAGGUCAUCAAGACGAAGCUGAUGCUGGGAAAGAGAUGAAGAGCGAUAGAGCCGACACUACAGCACAGUGAUGGAGUUUUAGUUCAGAUGGAUUCACUGAGUUAAUAUUAAACGGAUUUUAGCAUCUGUGUGUAAAACGACCAGAACUGAUCACCAUUGAGUCUUUAAGUUUUAUGUUUUAAUCAAUUAUUCUGAUCCACUUUCACACAUGGAAUAAUUUAUUUGGAGUUCAUCAGAUGUUUGUUUAUGUGACAGAUGAAAAUAAAUACGACCAUAAGCGGUG